UCAGUGCAUUGUGGGAAGCGUCUCGUUGUUUAUUUACAUCCCGGCCUCCAGCACUAAGCGAGUACACCUGGAAUGGAUAGGACUAGAUUCUGAAGAUGACACGGCUCCGAAAAGCUUCCAAGAAGUGCGAAGGAAGCUUUGUGUAACUUUUGGCUGGAAUCAAGGCUAGCAAAACCUCAGCGGUUUACUACUACUAAAACGGCCCGGGCCGCCCCGCCCGCCCCCGCCUUGAGCUAGAGUAGACGUCUCUAUGAUCAAGUAAACAUAGAGAUGCCUUUCUCGUCACUGCGGGGUGGAACUGCGCAUGAGUAGUAGCUGCCGCGUUGGAAAGAUGGCGGAGGAAGAACCAAGAAGAAAGAUCCCUUUGGUUCCAGAGAAUCUCCUGAAAAAGAGGAAGGCUUAUCAGGCCCUCAAAGCCACCCAGGCAAAACAGGCGCUUUUGCAAAGGAAGGAGCAGAGGAAAGGAAAACAAGUCAAGUUUAAGCGACUAGAAUGGUUUGUACAUGAUUCCUGGCGGCAGCUUCGGGACAGAGUGCGACUCAGACGGCUAAAAGUGAAACCUCAUGCCUUCGAAGUGCCAGACAAACAUUCCUUGGCCUUUGUUGUACGCAUUGAAAGGAUUAAUGGGGUGAGUUCAGUGGUGCAAAGGACCAUUGCCAGACUUCGCCUGAGUAAGAUUUUCAGUGGUGUCUUUGUGAAAGUGACCCCUGAAACCAUAAAGACGCUUCGUAUCGUGGAACCUUAUGUGACCUGGGGAUUUCCAAAUCUGAAGUCUGUUCGGGAACUUAUCUUGAAACGUGGACAAGCAAAGGUCAAGAACAAGGUCAUCCCUCUGACAGACAACACAGUUAUUGAGGAGCACCUGGGGAAGUUUGAUGUCAUUUGCUUGGAAGAUCUCAUUCACGAAAUUGCCUUCCCGGGGAAGAACUUCCAGGCAAUCUCAAGGUUCCUGCGCCCUUUCCAACUCUCAGUGGCCCGUCACGCGACGAAGAACAGAGUGGGCUUCCUUAAGGAAGUGGGCUCGCCGGGCUAUCGAGGUGAACGCAUCAAUCAGCUCAUCCGGCAGCUGAACUAAACCCAGGUAGGUGGGGCUGAAACUGCCCCUUGGUGGGCUCUCGGUGGGCCAGGCCUUGCCCCCUAAAAGAUCCCCUUGCAUUUACACGUGUAUGAGAAUAACUUUGGGUGGGAGGUGGCAGGUACUCGCAGAUUAAAUGGAUGGAGAUACUUGAAACAGUGAAUGCCUGGUUAGGACAUGGGGCUGUGUGA